AGAAGCUCGGGCCAGGCAGGACGGUCCUGUUGGUUGGAUGUGGCCCACGGGCCGUAGUUUGCCAACCCCUGAGUUAGAUCCUUCCAUAAUAAGGUUUGAACUUUUUUGUCUUUCCUCAUUAAGGUGGUUAAAACAUCAACAGCAGCUCUUGGGUUUUUCUCUCAAUAAAAUUAAAUGAGUCAGGCAAAUUCUACACCACCCCUUGCUCCCCCCGGUCCCCAGUGCAGCUCUGCCGGUAGAACUGACUUAUAGCACUCUCUGCUGACCUUAUCUAUCUGCAUAAAUCGUUACCCUGGUGACAGGCGUUCUGUAUCAGGGCAUGAGUCCCUACGUAGUUCAACCCAUCUGGAGGAGUUAGAUGCUCUAGAAGUGACAGGACCCCUGCCCCGUUACCAGCCCCAGGAGCCUCACAGGCUCUGGCUGGCUCUUUGUUCUUCUUCGCGUGCUUACAGACAUUCCACUCAGGUGUGUGCAUGCCCAGUGCACCAAAGCUGGAGAAAUUCACCUAGCAGUACCCGUAAGGGGUAGUGUUCACAUCCCUUGCCUCAUAGCCUCUCCCCUGGUUGUAUAAGGGCAGCAUUGCCUUGACCCGCCUCAGUUCCUUCUCACCACCCCCAGCUAGAGUCGGAGCACUGUGGGCACGGCCCUUUUAUCUCUAAGUUGUUGAGAACUUCGUGUUCAUAGUUAGUUGUUUAGUAGUACCUUAGGUGAGUUAGUUAGCUGUAGUUUCCUGGUGGAAUGUCUUCACCAGGAUUUAAACGUUGCCCAUCAUAUGAGGGGCUAUUCCAAAUAGUGAUCCCCACACGCAGUGUUUAAUGUGCCUGGGAGAGGAACACAGUAAGGACAGAUGCUCCAUCUGUAAGUCCUUCAGGGCAAGGAUUCAGUUAGCAAGGCACUUGAGACGCGAGCAAGCCAUGAGGCCCACGUCAGCACUGGAGAUGGUACCAGCUCCUCAGCUGUCGUCUGAGCCUCAUCGCACCGAUGUUCUGCGGCAGAACCUGGAGGCAGCCUCUAGGAGGGCUCCACCAAGGAAAAGGACCCAUAAAUCGGAACACAGCCCCUCCAGCUGUCAGAGAGAGUCAUUCUCUGCAGGGAUCAAUGGUGGCUCUUGGGUACCUGUGCGGGAGCUGGUCCUUCAACCCAUUCUCUUGUACCAAGGCAACAUUGAGAGGCUGUACAGUCAACUCCAGCACCAUGCGUGAGUCCAGAACUGCUGUCUUCAGCACCGACAAUGACCACGCCUGUGGCCUACUAGGCGACAUCAGACCUGUUAUGCCUCUCAGUCCCAGACUCUCCAAUCACCAAUGAACCGUCAGCAGCAGUGACUUCAUCAAUGAUUAUGGCACUGACACCAUCCUUGGUACCACCUGUAUGCCUGGGUACUCUGUCUAGACUGGUGUCUGUACCAGCUCUGACCAGUUCUUCGGUGACGACGACUUUGGUACAGGCUGAGGCUUGAAAACUGGUGCCAACACUGGCGCUGGAGCUGCCUUGAGAGUCAGUACUGAGCGAGAACAUGUUGCCCCUACAACCCAUAGGGCCCCUUACUGACCUAGAGCCGUGCAGGCAGCAUAUUGGGCCUUGCAUGAAGCUGGAUGGUGGCUGGCUGGCUGUGUCGAGAGUUGACCCUCCAUUAUCCCAAAUGACUUUGGGGUUCAUCGGGGCUGAAUUAGAAUUCUUUCUUCCCCUCCCUUUUGUCCCCCAGAGGCUGGUUUACAUCUUGGUCCAGACAUACAUCUGAUACCGACAUCCUGGGAUCAAUAUGAAUCACACAUUAGGCAUAGGGGCUCUUGGCACGCUACUCAUUGGCCACCGAUGUCUUACCCAUAUCCACAAUGGCCAGGGAAUCUGUGGAACAUGCCUUCUUCCUUCAGAUUCCUAUCUUCCACCCGCUCUAGGGCACUCUCUUUACGCUUUCAAUUCAACCUGCCAAGUCUCUCCUCCUCCCUGAACUGUUGACCCAACAUCACAGCCAGGUUGUUCAUCCAGCACUAGGCAGUCUACCCCUUACCACGUGGGUGCUGCGUGGCUAGAUGAGGAAGAAACGCAGUUAAAGAAGUUCUGCUUAGAGUAGGAAAUGUAGGGGGGGCCACUUGUUUUUGUCUAAGUGGAAGCGGUUUUCGAUUUGGGGAACCUCAGAGCGAGUUCAUCCUAUGUCAGCAUGGAUUCAGAACACUCUAGACUAUUGGUUGCAGUUGAAAUCUUUGGGCCUGGCUCUUAGCUCUUUGAACGUUCAUUUGUCUAUUAUUUCAGCUUUCUACCCUCUCUUUGGAGAAAGUCGCUAUUUUCAAAUCCUAUGGUAGGGAGGUUUCUGAAAGGCAUUGUCUGUCAUUUUCCACCGGUGAAGAAAAUGGUGCCAUUGUGGGACCUUAAUACUGUGCUCGUACCACCAAUGAGUCUGUUUGAGUCCAUAGCAACAUGCUCAUUGGUUCUCCGCUCCCAGGACAUGGCCUUCCUGGUAGCUAUAACAUCCACUAGAGUAGUCAGGGAAGCCUUCAUGGCAGCAGAUCCCCCAUACACCCACUUCUUCAAAGGCAAGAAGACCAUAGCCAAAAUUUCUGUCAAAAGCGAUCUUUUGGUUUCACCUUAAUGAGGUUAUUUACUUACCUGUAUUUUUUCCCAAACCACACUUGGGCAUAGAAGAACAACGCCUUCAGACCUUAGAUGUGGGAAGGUGCUCGGCAUUUUAUCUGGAAAGGACUAACCCCUUUCGUUCAUCACCUCUCCUCUUCGUAUCUUACACUGAGCGGAUGAAAGGACAAUCGGUCUCCGCUUAGAUCGUGGCUAAGUAGAUACGGACAUGUAUUACCGCAGCUUCUGGAGCAGCUCAGAUUAUGCCCCCAAAGUUGUUAUGGGCUCAUUCGACGAGCGCUCAAGCAACAUCAGUAGCAUUUCUUAGAGAUGUUUCCCCGUGUGGAUGGCCGCAGGGCUACAACUGGCCCUCACUGCACACCUUUGCUAGACACUGCGCUAUCACCACGGCGUCUCGGGCUGAUGCACGCUUUGGAAAGGCAGUUCUGCAGUCUCUGUGUAAAUCGACUCCAAGCCCUGGGAAUACAUGACUGCAACCACUCAAAGAAGAAAAGACCGUUACUCCCCUGCGUUGGAGCUGUUCUUUGAGAUGUGGCUGCAGACACGUAUUCCACGACGCACCCUGCACCCCCUCUGCAUCGGAGGCUCCAGCCUGGGGUUUGGUGCAAAGGAACAGAGGGGUUGCGGCAGCUCUGCCCUUCUAGAGCCAGGGGAGGGGCAGUGAGGCAAAGGGUGCGAGCACUGCCCCUGCGUGCUGCUAGGCGGAUUUCUCCAGCUUUGGUGCAUGAGCGCGGGAUACGUGCCUGCAGCCGCACCUCGAAGAACAGCAGUUACCAGACAGGUAAGUAACCAUCUGCUAUUGUUGAUUUGUGCCAAAGGAGUUAAAAGAGCAGGAUCACGUGUGGGGUAGAAUUUCUUCUGUCACUUGUAUGUGUCUUGCAGGAGUGGGGUGGAGUGGGGCGGCUACGUGCAUCUCUGCACAUUCUGCUGGGGAGGAGCUGUGCAAAGCAGCCCUUGUAACACACUAGAGGAAGGAGUGUGGCCAAGUGCGGGUGGGAGCAGCAGCAGGAGCUGGGGAAGCACCAUCAGCAGAAAGUCCCUUGCAGCGCCCGUCCUAAUCCCAGGUACAGGGCACGUUCGGGGCAUGCUGGCAGACCUGGCUGCAGUGCUGUGCCUAUGAAAAGGCCAAACCCAGCUGCCAGAGUUUAGUUCCCCUCCCCCCAUAGCUGGCUGAGCACGUGGGGGACACAGAGAGCAGGAUGGUGGCAGGGAAGGCAAAUGAGGCCAUGCUGCCUUCUAUGCAAGGCUGGCUCUGGGAAUGCCCUGCACGCCAUCCGGCAGCGGGUAGAACAGGGCGGCUGGGUGACGCAGGCCUCCCACCUAGGCCAGUGGUUCACACCUGGGCAGGAGCAGCUGAACAUCUCACCGGCCACGAUGGAGUAAGUCGGGAAGAGGUGGGGUCUUGUCCCGGCUGCAUCUGCCACUGUGAUGAGCCGCCGUGCAGGCAGAGAUGCCAAGCCUGGAACGGAGCCCGAGCUCCCUCAGGGGGCCUCUCCAGUUUAUGAAUGGAGCGCUCAGUUCCCUCUCUGGGGGAACUGAACCGUCAAAGAGCAAAUGGGUGAAAGCAGGAACGGGGCAGAGCAGAUCAAGGCGGGAUGGGUGUGCGUAUGCAGUUUUCCCCGUGUGCGCAGUUCCCUGGCAGCCUAGACAGCUCCCUGAUCAACAAGUGGGGGCAGGGGCUGAAUGCAGUGGGGCCCAGGGGGCAGGAGCGGCUGGUCACCUUCAUCCCCCACCUGGGCCAACCGGACAGACAGGCAAGCCGGUGUCACUGGGGUGGGUAGCUCUCCAGUCUGUGAGGCUGGGAACUCUUUGCUGGACAGAUGUUAAUCCAGGCAGCCCCUGGCGGGUGGGAUGGGGACAUCUCCAGGUUGCACGGGGGAAACUGAGGCACAGAGCAGAGUUGGGCCCUGCCCCAGGCUGGGGAGUGGGUGUCAGGGCUGCGGGGGGGAACCAGGGUUUACUGCCUAUAGAGGCUUUAUGGAGAAGGGGGCCCCACCCUCCUUUUUUACUGCACUGUGACCGCAUGUGACUGCCCUGCUGGGAGGGGUGUGCCAGGUGCACUGGCUCCUCCCCAGGCUCUUCUCCAAGGCACCAGGAAGCAGUUGGCAAGCUCCCUUGUGGGCACAGCAAGAUCCUGGCCAAGCCCUGCUAGGUCUGCCUGCCCAUGGCCCAGCAGGACGGGUCCUGCCGGGGAAUGGAGCCCCUGGGCCAGGCCUGGGCACUUACCACCCACGGCUGCUGCAGGGAGCCAGCCCCCGCACUGUGAUGGCGACCGUGCCCCCACCCGGGCUGAAGUUCAAGCUCAUCCUGCUGGGGGACUUUGGGGUGGGGAAGACCACCCUGUUCCACCGCGUCCGGGCAGGGCGCUUCCUGCAGGGGGCCCACGCCCCCGACGAGCACCUGGCCAUCUGCGAGAGGACCGUGCAGCUCAGCCUCCCCCAGGCCCCCCACCUGGCCCAGAUCUCCCUGUGGGACACGGCUGGUGAAGAAAGGUUCCUCUCCCUGAGCAGCUGCUACUACCGGGACACAGACGCUGUGCUACUGCUGUACAGCGUCCAGAGCCAGCUCUCCUUCGACAGCCUCCCGCGCUGGGUGUACGUGGCCCGGCAGUACUGCCCAGAAGCCCCCAUCUUCCUGCUGGGGAACAAGACUGACCUGGAGCCAUGUCUGCCAGAGGACAAGGCUGAGAAGUUUUCCGUGGAGCACAGAAUAGCUGGCAGGUUUAACGUGUCGGCCAAGACAGGGGAGAACGUGGAGGGGUGCGUGCAGGACGUGGUGCAGCUGCUCGUCCUCGAGAGCGACUCAGGGUGCAGCAGGCUCACGGUGCCUCUGCAGGAGGCCAGCUCCUCCAGCCCGUGCGCGUGCUGAGAGCCCUGGGGAUGCAUGGCAAAACCAUGCCCUGCGUCAGGAACCUGCUGGGGUCCCAGCCUGAGCCCCGAAAGCCACGGUGCCACCGCCAGCCACUGCUCCUGCCGGGCGUGGAGCCACCCCUGGAGAGACCCUUCUGCCCUGUUACCGGAACGUGCUGCCGGAUAAUCCCUGCUGUUGGUGGUGAGCAGCCUCGUGCCAUCCGGGCACCUUUGUUCCCUGGAAGGGGAGGCCGGACCCCAGGGGCUGGGGCUGAGCCCACAUCUCUCCCCACAUCUGCGGUUUGUCCUCUCGCUGCUUGCCAGCCUGUAGGGAAGGAGAGCGUCCAUAGGCCCAGCACAUGGGCUGCAUCUGGUCGCUGGGAGACCCACGCGCACACGCUAAGCCCAGCAAGAAGCCGUGUCAACGGUUAUGGGGGCUGUUGGGCCCUCUGGGCCGGCAGCAAAUCAAUGCCCCCACCCGGUGCUGGAGGGCACUCUGCGUCCUGUUUGAGAGAGGGUGUGAAAAGCAGCCCCUGCUCCCUAGUGCUCAUUGCAAACCCCAUUGUUCUCCAUGCAGGGUGGUGGGGUAAACCACUGUCCUGCGCCCUGGCUAGAUGCCAUGUCAAGCACCUGGGCUGGGCUGGGCUCUGGGAGCAGCGAACAAGAAGUUAUCUGCUGUACAGCCCCCUUCUUUGCAUCAGCCUUCACCAGGGCAGGGGGUGGGGGGGAACCGGUCCCAGACGCGUUCUUUUCAGGCAUUGCAGAGAAGGGAGGAAGGAUUGAGGUGACGGGGAGGGGAUGCUGGAACAAGCUGCCAAGGCGCUGGCAGUCCCCAGCACCAGGUGGGAUAAGCCACCAGUAAUACUGUGUGAUCUGCACCAGAGGGCGUGGUACCUGGGACCCCUGGUUGCACCUGCUGUAAGAAAGGUGUUGCCCAUGAUCCAGAGAGUCACCGCAAGUCUCAUCGCAAAGCUCAGGAAACUAUCUGAAAUGCUCCAUCGGGUGAAAUUUUGGCCCCAUGGAAGUCAAUGGCAAGUUCCUGUUGGCUUCCCUGGAACUAGGAGUUCACCCAUAGAUCUUUACGGCUAGAAGGGACCAUUAGCCUGACCUCCUCAGCAGGCCAGACUGGAUCUCCCCCAGCUCCACCUGUUCUGAGCCCAGCUGCUUGUGUCUGCCUGAGGCAGCUCCUCCAGAAAAGCAUCCCGUGUUGAUGUGAAGACAGCAGAGAUGGAGAAUCCACCACUUGGUGUCUGUUCGUUGCAAUGGUUAACUGCCCUGCCUGUUAAAAAUGUGUCGUCUUUCUAACUUCCAUUUGUCUGGCUUUAACUUCCAGCCCCAGUCUCUUGUUUUGUCUUUCUUUGCUAAAUCAGAGAUUCCGCUUAGGGUCUGGUAGCUUCUCCCUGUGUUGAUCCCUCUCUACGGUACUGAGUGCCACCCGUCUUGCACUGUCUCGAAUCAUCGCAGUAGCUCUCUCCUGCACCCUCACCAAGUUUUCAACUUCCUUUUUAAAAUGUAGGCCCCAUGUUCCAGUCUCAGCACGAUCAACAAAAAGCCAGGGACAAACCUGCCCGGGCUCUGCAAGGGAAAGUCGCACCUCUCCGAUCUGCUGGAAUUCUUUGAGCAUGUCAGCACAUGGCGGAGAAAGGAGACCCAGGUGAUACUUUGUCACCUAACCCUGUUGGUUCCCUUCUGCUGGUGGAGAAGCACUGGGUUGGAGGCUGUGUUUCUUAGCAGCUCUGUGUUCUUGGGGAACCAGGCGCAGCAACCAGCCUGUCUGACUCACAGAAGACAUUCCCC